AUGCUGUGCCUUGACAUACCCGUUCCCCGCUGCGUCCAGAAACUCAUCUUUGAGCCACCGGUUUGCUUGUUAAAUGUGCAGGACAUCAAAGCCGUGAAUCUCAUCAGGAAGUUCGGCGACGAAUUUGGACGACGGAGAGACGAAAUCGACCAGGCAUGCAGUCUCGCAUCUGGCCCAUCCGACGUGGUCAUACUUCUGGAGAGACCGCAUGAAUCUCAAACUUACCACGGAACCUUUGGCGAGUUUGUGAAGCGAUGCAAGACGCUGAAGAGCGUUGAUGAACUUAUCAGAUUCAGCUCCAAGGGAGCUCGGAGUAUUCAUACUGCCACUGUCCUUGACGCAUUCUCUUUCAAACCCCGGGAUUCAACACCCAUUCCCUCAGAGCGGUGCCAUCAGCUGAUCGAGGAAAUCUUAAAACUUAAAAAGCCUAAAGUUGUUCUAUUUGUUGGAAUCAACCUUGCGAACAGCCAUUUGUGGCUCGAUUCAAGUCGCACGGAGUUGGCACAUGGCCAUUUUGCCAUCAAGUGGACAUAG